AGUAAUAAAACACAACUUAUCAUCCAUUUUCUGUAUUUUGUAUUUUCUAUUUACAAUUUUAUACUGAACCUUUAUGCUUUAUUGUGAGAGUAUUGUGCAAUUAUGUACAAUUUAUUGUAUACAAACCUUCAAAUAUUGAUAACAGUGGAAAAUGUCUUAAUUUAAAUUGUGUAACUUAUAAAGUCAGUUUAUAGGUUAUGAUCCCAUUUGAUUUACAAGUUCUGAUAAAAUGUAUUUACUUUUAUUACAUAGUUAAGGAAGGCCAUGUUUGAGGAUUUACCCAAAAUACUGCCAAGGUUUGACGGACAGCUUCUUAGUAUUAGAAAAGAGUCUUUAAUAGCCAAACUGACCUUAUAGUAAUGUAUGUUUUAAAGAAAUGGAUGAAAAGAACAAUGAACCAAAUAACAGAAAACAAGACAUAAAAUCUAAUACUUCAGUGAGUUUUUCAAGAGAAUACAAUGAAAUUAACAUCACACCUGAAGAGUAUGAAACCAAUGAGGACGACAUUCAGAUAUCCCUGGCCCCAUACAUCCAGGUGUAUCUGGCACAGAGUAGCCAGAGGGUCAAGUGUUGUGGGCUCUCGUUUCCUAUCCCGUUUGAGCGUGCCGCAAGCAGAUCGUGGUGGGAUCCGAGAUUCGACUCAGAGAUUUUGGAAGGGCAGUACAAGCUCAGUGCUUUUCCACAAAUUAGGCUUAGGUUCAGGUACUCAUUGCUGUACGUCUUCGUUGUUUCGCUGUUCUGGUGUAUAUAUUUGACGAUCAAAGCUGUCCAUAGCGAAGGCAAAGAUGAAUCAUUCACUGUCGCCCUUAUCUUCGGAUCAUUUUCUAUCUUCACUCUGUUCAUUCUCCUCUUCACAAGAUCGAGCCUGUACGCGAGAUUCCAUCUUCCGGUGUCCAUCAUGACAGCAAUUGUCAUGUUCGCCCUCUCCCUCAUGUCAGUUGGCACUAUUUCAGUCCUCACACCGGUGGGCGAUUUCUCGCUAUGUAUAGAAAUAUUAAUGAUCAUUUAUACCGUAAUUCCUCUGCCCCUUUACAUAUGUGUUAUGCUCGGUAUCGCGUACUCUGUUCUGUUUGAAUUGUUCAUUUCCUCCAUAUUUCCAAUGCCACUGAGAGUUCUCUGUCACAUAUGCGUACACUUGAUCGGCAUACACAUACUGGUCAUGACACACGUCCGCAUGCGUGGAACUUUCAUGAAAGUGGGCCAGUCUCUGCUCGUCCGUAGACAGUUGGAACUUGAAAAACAGUUGAAGGAGAAAAUGAUCCAUUCGGUGAUGCCUCCUAAAGUGGCGGACUGGUUGAUGUCGGAAGGUGCGACGGGUGGGAAAGAAGAUGAAGUUCAUAGUCUUGAAGAAGGAGAUAUCAGAUCAAUCUUUCGCCCAUUCAACAUGCACAGAAUGGAGAACGUGAGCAUUCUAUUUGCGGAUAUUGUCGGGUUCACGAAGAUGAGCUCUACGAAGACAGCAGAACAGCUGGUGGCCAUACUGAACGACCUGUUUGAGAGGUUUGACGAGCUUUGCACAGCGAAUGGUUGUGAGAAGAUAUCAACACUGGGAGACUGCUACUAUUGUGUGUCUGGCUGUCCAGAGCCGAGGCCUGAUCAUGCGGAGUGUUGUGUGCAGAUGGGACUGGGUAUGAUUUCCGCUAUCGCCGAGUUUGAGAAAGAGAGCAGAGAAGGGGUGAACAUGCGAGUUGGGGUGCACACAGGGACAGUGCUCUGUGGAAUUGUGGGCACCAAGAGAGUCAAGUUCGACGUGUGGUCUAACGAUGUGACUCUGGCCAACAAAAUGGAGUCCACUGGAAAGCCGGGGAUGGUCCAUCUCUCGGAGAAGACCAAGGAGUUUCUCAAUGACCAGUACAUUCUGGAAGAGGGGGAUCUCUACCAAGGAUUGAAGACAUAUUUUGUGAAAGGACGUAAAAUUGACACGGACCUAUCCAAGAGUAGCUUGACAGUGCCUUCUUACCAGACCAACCACUCCUCCCCGUCCAGCCCUGCUAGGCGAUCUUCUAUUUCCCUAGCCACCGCCAUCUCAAUCCAUAUCAACCAGACUGCGGCUCUGGAGGAAGUCUUGAAUAGCUCCCAGAGCCUCUCCCUCCGAACCCCUUCUCCCGAGAGUGAACAGUACAACUCCUUCAGCUUCUCCCCACCUCCUCAGAGCCCUGUCGAUAGGAACAGUCUGUCCCCACCGUCGGAGAUCAUCACCAUCCCCUCCCCCACUAUGCCCUCCUCACGCUCACGUUCCCCCAUCCACCGUGUGCUCCAGAUAUCCAGUUCCUGGAAGACUGCGUCCCUCCCCAGCAUCCUCGACACGGAAGGAAGUGAUCACCCGGAUGUAGUACCUAAUAAGGAAGAGUACUUGGUGGACAACAGAAGCUCUGUAUCAUUGUCUAAGAAGCGAACAAGCCCUAAAUGGGUUUACAAGAAGAUUCCGACCAGUCCACCAGAUGGGCAAGAUGUCACUCAAGAACUACUGGGACCACAACACCCAAUUGACAUGAUUCCAACUGUUAUGCUUAAAGAUGACCAGAAGAGCGUCUGUCCCUCGAUGAACAGUAGGAAGGAUUCUGGCAUUCGUAGCAACAGCAGGAAGAGUAGCAUCCAACAUCCGUUUAAUCCAACCAACGGGUCAACAUCAAACGAUCUCCUUGGCCACAGGGUCAGUGGUUACUACACAUCUAGUCAGUCGUCUAUGAACAAUGAAGAAGCAGUGAAAAACAAGCUGCUGAUGACCUCUGCAGGGGAUCACUAUGGCGUCUCCUUCCAGAAACUGAGGAAACAAUCAGAUCUCCAGCUGAUCAGAUGUGUCCAGGACAAUAGUCUAUCUCAGCGCAGUUACUUCGUCAAGCCACCACUGCACAGCGUCAGUCUGUUUUUCCGACAGAAGGACAUGGAGCGAGAGUACAGGCGCAAGGCUCACCGCAGCUGUAAGGAGGAGGCGUCCACUCUCGCUACCGCUCGCUUCAACACGCAUUUGGACAUCGCAGUUGCUAUCUUGGUUUUUCUGCUGAUGUUGGGGUCGUGCCUUGUGUUGUUUGGAAUGCCAUCUGGACUGCUGCCAUUUUUUCUACUCUUGUGUGCUGUUCAGAGUUUAGCCUUAAUUCUGUGCCUACGCUCAGUAUUUUGGCCUGAACUUAAUUCAGGCCUCGAUCAGUGCUCGGACUGGUUCUCUUGGCACUUCAUAGGCGGUGUUUUAGUGAGUCUUCCCAUGAUAACCAUUCUUCUGUUCCUGAAACAAUCACUGAAGAGUUUUGAAAGUAUUUAUUAUUUCGCCUCAUUGUAUUUCAUAGGGAUCAUCCAUUUUUGUAACUUUACCCAGCUCAAUUGUUGGAUGAAAAGCUCAAUUGCAACAGUAGCAGGGUUAAUUUAUCUUAUUAUGAUCACCAAUUAUUUCCAAUCAGCUUAUGACAAUAGCGUCGUUUUAGUGGACUCCAUGCGUCCUGUCAAUCCUGUGCCUUUACCGAAUUUAAAUGAUCUCACAAAUGAUUUGUUGAAACCCGUUCAUCCCGCCGGUGGCAAGAGUUCACCGGGGAAUCUCCCCAAUGAUAUCCUGCUGGAGCCGAAGAUUCUCAACGAGAACUUCACCAAUCCGCCGUUCGUAAACCUCGUAGCCGACAACAAAGUGGUGAGCAGUCGCCUGACGUCCGCGAGUAGUCCUCCCCCCCAGGACAGCAGCGGACCGUCCGGUUUUCAUCAUGAGAUCUACCUGGAUGUGCUGCUGAUCCUGUUGUUGGUUUGGUUCCUCAACCGUGAGUUUGAGAUCAGCUACAGGCUCAGUUUCCACGGUAACAUGGUAGCUGCCCGUGACAAGGCUAAGGUGCAAAUGAUGAAGGACCAGGCAGAACUGUUGCUACACAACAUCAUACCCAAGCAUGUGGCGGAACACCUCAAGACCACAGCCAAGUAUUCAGAAAAUGUUCGGAAUGCUGGGAUAAUUUUUGCAAGUAUCAUCAACUUCUCAGAGAUGUAUGACGAGUCUUACCUGGGAGGGAGAGAAUGUUUGAGAGUUCUCAAUGAGCUCGUAAGUGACUUUGAUGAGCUGUUGAGCAAGCCGGAAUUUGCGUCAGUUGAGAAGAUCAAGACGAUCGGCAGCACCUACAUGGCAGCCUCAGGACUCAACCCCAGUCUGAGUGAGACGGACAGUUGUGAGCACCUGCAUGCUCUCGUGGAGUUCGCACUGCGCCUGCAGGCUGUCGUCGAUCUCUUCAACAAGGACUUACUGGAAUUUAAUCUCAUUCUUAGGAUCGGUUAUAGUUUUGGUGACAUCACUGCUGGAGUUAUUGGCACUACGAAGUUGUACUACGACAUCUGGGGAGACGCAGUGAACAUUGCUAGUCGUAUGGAUUCGACCGGAGUGGCAGGCAGGAUACAGGUACCUUCCCACUGUGUACCGGCCCUGGAGGACCGUUACAUCUUCGAGAAGCGUGGCCAGGUCUACGUCAAAGGGAAGGAUAAUAUGAUUGUGUAUUUGCUGGUCGGUAAGAAAUAGUUAGGUAACGGUACCUAGAAGUUUAAGUUAGUUUAAACGCAAACAAAAUACGUACAUGACUGUGAACGGAUUCAAGUUUUUAUAGUGGUUUUUAUCUGCCUUCAUUAUUUCAGUAAGUAAAAACUGUUCUGUACAGUACAUUUUUUGUUCAGCCAUUAUGGAAACUGUACUUUGAAGCUAAAUAAGUAUAAACAAAUUAUCAUAUUCUGUUGUAUUAAUCUACAGAGAUGUAAAUAAUUAUUUGGAUAGUAAAAAAUAUAUCCAAUUAAUUUUUUGAAUGAAUAAAAUUUCUAAUUUAGCUUCAAUUAAAUUAUAAAAGUUACUCGUGUCCAGACUUAAUUGAAGCAUCCCAAAAUACACUUGACAUCAAUUUUUAAAAUUGACUUAACUUUUCAUAGGUUAGCCCUAGUACCAAACACUCAUACACGGUAAAGUCCGAAUGUAGCACAGCACUUUAGAGUGGCUAGUACUAGUGCUAUCCUCAAUUCUGUAACGCAUGAUGUCUUCAAUUUGGUCUGUAUGUACAAUUUGCCUUUGAUUGUGGUUGAUUUGAAUGUGGCUUUGUGAUUUCUUUAACAUCGUAGGAGUGUAAGUUUUAUGUAUUGAGAAAAACGUCUUUUUAUGUAUUUAUUAUGAAACAGAAUAUGGUAAUGCUAACAGUAAAAAGAUAUUUUUUAACAUCUUCCACUGGAGCUGGUAAUGAAAAAUAAACUAAUUUAGAAAUAAAAUAUUGCACAAUAAAACAAGAGCAAAGUAACUAAGUAUCUUAUUAUACAGCAUAAAAUUGUAAUGAACCUUUGUUAAUUCAGUGCCUUUAAGAAUCAUUUCCUGCGAAGGCCUAUUAUCUGUUAGCAAUCAAAAUGUAGCAUGUUCCUAUAGCGUAAUAUUUCUUGAUUGUAUUCCACCUUCUCCCUGUUUUAUGAAAUCAAACAAAAAUAUUGUAGGUUAGGUUAAAAUCAUGUACCGGACGUGUUACAGGUUGUUUAGCUUUAAUUGUUCGAUCAAAGCAAUGGUGAUUUAGUUGUAAUGCAUUGUAAAUUAUUUUAAUUAUUUUCCCACCAAAGAAUCCCAACUGAUGUGCCCAAGUGAUUGAUUGAAACUGUGUGAGAAUAUCAAGAGUAUAAGAUUUAAAUAGAAUAUACUGCCUUAAAUUUUAUUCAUUAUUUUCUUUUAAUACGUACUAUACUAAUACUACUAUAUUGUAUGUUAAUAUGAAGUGUUUACUACAUCUCAAGUAAGAUUCUUAUCCAUAUUGAUCUAUCUUUCAAAUCAUAGAUGUAUUUUGACCAGAUGAGGCGUUCCUUACUAGUCAGAUUCUAGCUAAGUGAAACUCACAUUCUGGUCUCAUUAUUGAUAUUAAUGAAAUAUCAGUACUGUACGGGUUAUCAAACCGAUACUAAUAUUAAUUUCAGUACUGUUUGGUCAUCAAACUGACACUAUUUUCAAUAUCAGUACUGUGUGGUUAUUAAAUUGAUGUUAUUGUCAAUAUCAGUACUGUGCGGUCAUCACAUCGAUGUUAUUAUCAAUAUCAGUACUGUGCAGUCAUCACAUCGAUGUUAUUGUCAAUAUCAGUACUAUGCGGUCAUCAAACCAACACUAUUUUAAAUAUCAGUACUGUGCCAUCAUCAAACCAAUGGUAUUUUAAAUAUCAGUACUUUGUGGACAUCGCAUUGAUUCUAUUGUCAAUAUAAGUACUGUGUGGUCAUAAAACCACAACACUAUUUUAAAUAUCAGUACUUUGUGGACAUCGCAUUGAUUCUAUUGUCAAUAUCAGUACUGUGUGGUCAUAAAACCACAACACUAUUUUCAAUAUCAGUACUGUGUGGUCUUCACACUGAUGCUAUUAUUGGUCUGAAUACAAUCAUACAUAUCUUUUAAAUUUACAAUUAAUUAUCAACCUCUCAUAGGCCUACUACUACACUAUUAAUUUGUUAUUACAUUGUAAACAUUAAUCUGAAUGCCAUGAUGAAAAAACUACGAGUAAUUAAACUAAAAAUUUUACAAAUACAGUUUAGUCUUUAAAAAAUUGAACUCCCUCUACUCUAUAAAAUUCUUCUGGAUAUUCCAAAAAUCCAGACUCUACAUGAGGUUGAGGAAAAUGAGAUUGUAUUUUAUGUAUAAGAUAGCUAAUGAUUCCAGUAGUUCCAUUAAUAAAACACUUUGUGUGUGUUUUUUUAGAUGAAAUUUAUGUAAAGUAACUAUCUUAUAGUCAUAAAGUCAAACCAAAUUUAAGUUUUUGACCAUACAAAGAGGCUGUUACUAGCAAAUUAAGCAAAUGUGACCAGCCUGUGUCGGUAUUUGAUGCCAGUUCUGAUUUCUUUACAUCUGAGGGUAGAGUACAGGUUUGUUUUCUUGUAUUUACGUUCUAUUUAUUUUCUUUUAAAAAUCUCGUACUCAAAUUAAACUAUUAAUGAGUAGUAAAAAUAUAUUUGUAAAAGGGUUAGUUAUUUUCUGAAAGCCAAACUUUAGCGACUAAUAAUUGUUCAAAAUUACUCAACUUAUAAAAAUAGUUCAGAACUUUUGAUUAUAUAAAGCAGAAUAUUCUUUUCAAGUUGUGAUUUUCAGUGCUGAAAUAUCUUGAUUUAAAUGAAGAGGAAGUGUCACUGAUGUGUUGUUGAAUGGAUUGAUGUAAUUUUCCAUUAAUUAAACAAAAAUUUAUAACCAGAUCUAGUGACGGCUCACUCCUGUGUGUAAUAUAACCAUAAAUAAAUUAUUCUUUACGAAUCAUUCAAAUUAAAUAACAACCGAAUUUGAUUAAAAACCUCUUUAAACCCAUAAGAAAUCCUAACAUUUUGGGAACUAUUUCCUCUUAAUUCACAACCUGUGUUAAAAACAUUUUUACAUAAAACAUGUGAAAAAAGUUGAAAAUAUGGAUUCAUAGCUCACAUUGCUGACCCUUUAAGUGGUGUGUAAUGUAAAUUGUAUAAUUUAUUUAAAAUGAUAAAUCAUUGGCAAUGAAUUGAAAGAAAUAGCAAUAAAUGAAUUUGAUAUUGUUUUGACGUUGUUGUGCCUUUUCCGAAAUUAUAAAUUGCUUUGCUUCCUAUACACAGAUUCAGUCAGUCAUGACUGUGUAGUUGGCUAGAACAAGAAACUAGUUCCAAAUGAAAAGGGUUAAGGUUUGUAUGGGUGCAACCAUAACAUUUGGAUAUUUAUUAGCGCAUUUUGAAUAUGGACAGUUAUUUAUUUUGUAAAAGUUUAUUAAGACAAUAAUUUUAUUACAAGCACAGAAAAUAUCUGAAUGAAAAAUGGUACAGUGAGCGAAAGGAUAGGUAAAUACAAGAAUUAGAACACAAUCAAAUGUUCUAUAUAUUUUUGUUGAUAGACAAUCUUUUAUUUUUAUAAUUUUGUUAGAUACAGAACUGAACAUUUUGUACAGUAGAAAAGUGUCAAUAUUAUUAUUGAAAAGUUGAAAGGUAUUCUUUUUUAUUAUUAUAUUAAAGUGCCUAAAAAGAUUUUGAUUAUAAAAUUUGUACAAACAAUCCCUUUCUCUAUGUACUUUAUUUUAACACAAAUUUCAAUUAUGUCUGUGUCGAAAUCCUUUCUUAUUGUAUUUUAUAGUGUUUUCUUCUGUCUGUACAACAAUUUACAUUCUACCUCUUCACAUUCCACUAAUCUUUUUUAUCUUUUUCGAGUAAUUUAAUUUAUAUUGUUUUAUAAGUUCCAUUUUAUCUCUACUGUAUAUGUUUAAUUUACAUUCCAAGUUUCUAUAUUUCAUUCUAUAUUCCUUGUAAAAGUUAUAUUAUUUAUUUAUUUCUAUGUCUAGAUAUGUAUUUAGUUUUUUUUCUCACUCAUUCCAACUUAUUCCAGACCACAUACAACUUUUAUAUAUUCUGCUCCUUUACGUCUAUAGUUUUAUUUAUUUUAUUGUAUUUUUAAUAUAUUAUUGAAAUACUUUAUGAGUUGAAUAUAGCAGUUCUGUAAAACUACAGUUGUUGAAAGUUACACACUUUGUAUGAAUAAGUGUUGCAUGCAGAAUGUUUAGACCUAUAUGUUUUCUAGUAAAAGUUACUAAAAAGUUCAGAAUUGAUUAAUUAAUAUCCUUUAACUGACUAAGAUGAAUAUAUUCAAUUUCUUUUGGCAAAAUCCAUUGAUCUGUUCAAUAGUCGGAUAUGUUUGUUAGCAAACGAUUGGGUACGGUUUCGAUGCUUUUACUAAAAUCUAAAUACUUUUGUUUGUAGAUCAAGUUUAUUUAAAUUGUAUUUUGUACUAUCUGGUUAUAGAACAAUCAUAUUAUUUUUUCUCACAUUGUAAAAUAUCAUGUAUGUAUAUUUAUGUUUGUAUUUUAAAUGGUCAGAACAACACAAGAAAUAUUGUGAAUAAAUAAGGUAUUGAAAUAAUAUUAAAAUAUACUUUAUUUGCCUGAAAAUAUAAUAGCAACAUCAGACUAUUUGAUUCCACUAUACAUACUAAAGCAUACGGUUGCUGUUUAUCUAAAAACGUUACUACUUUAAUGUGUACAACAAAAUAUUCAAUCUUGAUAUUCUGUACUAGCCAUUAAUAUAUAUUUUAGUAUUUUUUUAAAUUUUGCUCAUUAAAAUUACCAGUUGAUAAUAAUUAAUAUAUUAAGUUAUUUAUUUGAAAGUUCCAAAUGUUUUUAGCUUGUGAUAUGACUGACAAGGGCUGUGAUUUAUAUAUACAUAAACAUUUUAUUUUUACAAAAAUUGACCAAAUAUUUAUUGAGAAAAUACAGUACUUGCAGUACUGUUAUACUUUGUGUUGGUGAAUUACACAAUUAAAUUAAAUUAUUUAUUUAGUAUUGAAAUAGCGAAUGAAUAAAUCAUGAUAUUAUUAUUUAGAACAUUAUGCACUCUAUGAUAAAAGUUUAUACUUGUAAAUACAAAGACUGUUUUGUCAGUCCAUGCACAUGCACAUUUAAUUUAAAAAGUUGAUAUUAUUACUUAAUGGGGCACAAGCUGCUGACCUCAAAACAACCCACCUUUGAAUGUAAAGCAGUUACGUAAAACAAUGUGGUAUAAUUUUUGGUGAAUAAUAUAAUCACCAGACUGUUGUUUUUAUUGUACAGUUUAGUUGUUUUGAAAUUAGAACAAUAAUUUAUUAUAGUGAUUAUUAGUUACUAAUACUGUGUACAUACUAUUAAUUACGUAACAUGGAAUAAUUUAUCUUGUUUAUGUAGGUAAUUUAUUUUCUUCCUCCCUUUACUCGAUGUUCAUAGUUAUUUUACUUUAGUUGUUUUAUAGUUAGUUAAUGUAACAUCAUUUACUCAGGACAGUACCUUGUGUAAAUAGCCUAGAUUGUAGAGUUGUUAAAUUAUAUUAGUUAGGACGUAAAAUGCAAUUUUAGUCAUUAGUAAAUGCUUUUUUUAGUAUAUUGUAAGGCAAUCAACUGUGUAAAAAUACUAAAACUAUAUUAAAAAAAACCAUUACAAAA